AUGGUCGGCGUUGGAGCAGCGCGGCGGAGCUGGGCGGCCGCGGUGGUGGUGCUGCAGGCGGCCUGGGCGCUGGUCGGCGGGCAGGUGCGGUACUCGGUGCCGGAGGAAGCCGAGGCCGGUACGGUGGUGGGGCGGCUGGCGCAGGACCUGGGCCUGGAGGCGGGCGAGGCGGAGGCGCGGCGGCUGCGUCUGGUGGCGCGGGGCCGGCGGGCGAGCGUGGAGGUGAGCGGGGCGAGCGGGGCGCUGGUGGUGAGCUCGCGGCUGGACCGGGAGGAGCUGUGCGGGAAGAGCGCGCCGUGCGCCCUGCGUCUGGAGGUGCUGCUGGACCGGCCGCUGCGCGUCUUCCACGUGGAGGUGGAGGUGACCGACAUCAACGACAAUGCCCCGCGCUUCCCCAACGCCUACAAAAACAUCAGCGUUUCAGAGAACUCCCCUUCUGGUUCUCGUUUCCCUCUGGAGGGCGCGUCGGAUGCGGAUAUCGGUUCGAAUGCACAGCUCUCCUAUACACUGAGCCCCUCCGAGCACUUCGCUUUGGAUGUAAAAAUCUCCGAUGAAGACAGGAAAUCCCUUUUCCUGGUGUUAACGCAUCCUCUGGACCGCGAGUCGCUGUCCGAUCACCGCUUGGUGCUGACGGCGAGUGACGGGGGCAGGCCGGCGCUGACGGGCACGGUGCAGCUGGUGAUCUCGGUGCUGGAUGCGAACGACAACGCGCCGCAGUUCAACCAGUCGGUGUAUAAAGUGCAGCUGCCGGAGGACGCGGCGGAGGGGACUCUGGUAGGGAGGGUGACAGCCACGGACCCUGACGAGGGAAUUAAUCAGGAAUUUUCCUACAGCAUUGUUAAUACUGUUCCUGCAUCUCAGAGAGAUUCAUUCAGCAUAGAUCCGCGGACGGGGGAGAUUCGACUCACGGGUCCCUUAGAUUUCGAAGAAGUCCGUAUAAACGAACUGCAAAUCGAGGCGAGAGAUAAAGGUUUCCCUCCGUUGUCGGGCCACUGCAGCGUGGAGCUGGAGGUGUUGGACGUGAACGACAACGCGCCGGAGGUGUGGGUGACGUCGCUGUCGGUGCCGGUGCCCGAGGACGCGGCGCUGGGGACGGUGGUGGCGCUGCUGAGCGUGUCGGACCGGGACUCGGGGCCGAACGGGCGGGUGCGCUGCGCGGUGCGGCCGCCGUCGCCGUUCGGGCUGGUGGCGACGUUCGCGGGCUCGUACUCGCUGGUGCUGCGGGAGGCGCUGGACCGGGAGCGGGUGUCGGAGUACGAGGUGGAGGUGCGUGCGGAGGACGGCGGGGCGCCGCCGCUGCGCGCCAGCCGCGGGCUGCGGGUGCCGGUGUCGGACGUGAACGACAACGCGCCGGCGUUCGCGCAGGCCGUGUACACGGUGCUGGCGCGGGAGAACAACGCGGCGGGCGCGGAGCUGGCGCGGCUGUGGGCGCGGGACCCGGACGAGGCGGGCAACGGGCGCGUGAGCUACUCGGUGGCGGAGGGCGGCGCGGGGACGGGCGCGGGCUCGGGCUCGGGCUCGGGGUGGCGUCCGGCGUCGAGCUACGUGUCGGUGGACGCGGAGAGCGGGCGCCUGCGUGCGCUGCGUCCGCUGGACUACGAGGAGCUGCAGGUGCUGCAGUUCGAGGUGCGGGCGGUGGACGCGGGGGAGCCGCCGCUGUGCGGCAACGCCACGGUGCAGCUGUUCGUGGUGGACGAGAACGACAACGCGCCGGCGCUGCUGCCGCCUGCGGGCGGCGGGCCGUGGCCCUGGGCUGCGGGCGAGGCGGCGGAGCCGGGGUCGCGGCCGCCGGGCUCGGCGGGUUCGGCGGGUUCGGCGGGCUCGGCGGUGUCGUCGUGGUCGCUGUGGGCGCGGGCGGCGUGGGGCGCGCCGGCGGGGCAGGUGGUGGCGAAGAUCCGCGCGGUGGACGCGGACUCGGGCUACAACGCGUGGCUGCGCUACGAGCUGCGGGAGCCGCGGGGCGAGGGCCCGUUCCGCGUGGGGCUGUACAGCGGCGAGGUGAGCACGGCGCGGGCGCUGGAGGAGGCGGACGGCCCGCGGCAGAGGCUGCUGAUCGUGGUGCGGGACCACGGGGAGCCGCCGCGCUCGGCCACGGCCACGCUGAGCGUGUCGCUGGUGGAGGGCGCCGAGGCGGCGGUGGGGGCGGUGUCGGUGUCGGCGGGGGCGGGGCUGCGGCCGGCGGCGAGCGCGGAGGGCGGAUCUGCGGCGUCGGGAGCGUCGGCGGCGACGAACGUGUGGCUGGUGGUGGCCAUCUGCGCGGUGUCGAGCCUGUUGGUGCUGGCGGUGGUGCUGUACGGGGCCGGGCGCUGGGCGCCGCGGGCGGCGGUGCUGGCGGGGCCCGGUCCGGCGACGCUGGUGUGCGCCAGCGAGGUGGGCAGCUGGUCGUACUCGCAGCGCCAGAGCCGGAGCCUGUGCGUGGCCACGGACGGCGCGGGCAAGAGCGACCUGAUGGUGUUCAGCCCCAACUGCCCUCCGGCGCCCGGCCCCGCGCCGAAGGAGACGCCUCAGGAGCCGUCCUCUCUUCUGGACACGCCAAAACACCCCAAUCCUGACUGGCGCUACUCCGCGUCCCUAAGGGCGGGAAUGCAAAGGGUGCUGUGCAUAUGGAGGAGGCAGGGAUCUUACGUGGAGGACCAGGAGGGCCUGACCAGCAGUGGCCAACAGUCUCCAGUGCUACUCCAGCCUGAGGCAGGAGAGGUGUCCCCCCCGGUGGGAGCUGGUGUGAACAGCAACAGCUGGACCUUUAAAUUUGGACCCAGCAAUUCGAAACAAGGUGGUCCUGGUGAGUUGCCAGACAAAUUCAUUAUCCCAGGAUCUCCUGCAAUCAUCUCCAUCCGGCAGGAGCCACCAAACAGCCAAAUUGACAAAAGUGACUUCAUAACCUUUGGCAAGAAGGAAGAGACCAAGAAAAAGAAGAAAAAGAAGAAGGGAAACAAGACUCAGGAGAAAAAAGAAAAGGGCAACAGCACCACUGAGAACAGUGACCAGUGAGGGGUUUAUACUGAAAGAACCCCCUUAGCCAGUUUUUGUAAUAAUGGCAGAUUUCUCCUAUGUAGCAACUCCCAAUUUCUUCCUACUGUUAACAAAUUUCCUGUAUGUACAGAUUUCAGAAAAUCUGCAGGAAAUUCAUGGUGUCUGUCUAAAUUGCUUAACAGGUUUUGUCUUAAAAAGCUUUAUUAAGUCUGGUGUUAACUCUUUUUCUCCACUCUGGCUUGUUUUCAGACUCUAAAAAGCAGACACAAGUUUCCUUUCUCCUACGCCGAAAAGGAGAAUCUUCACAGUACAGCCAGUGAGAGGUUGGACUCUCUGCACUGUGGUUCCUGUGCUCCUGUCUUGAUGACACUUACAGGACAGGUUUAAAACUUUUAAUAUUGUGCACCCUUUAUCUGAUUGGAAAUCUUUGUGUGCAGAUGUCAGCUAGGUGAUAAGAAAUCAGGUUAUAAGAUGCAAGAAGAGCUGGUAAAUAUGCAACAGAGGAAAUACCUAAUGAACAUACAUGUUCAGAGAUGUUCAGGCUGGGGAGAAAUGUCUGAAAGGUGACCAGACUUUUCAAACCUUGAGAAGUCAUUGUGUGGGAAUACUGAGUCUUAUACAUGACGUAUUGUACACACUCCUACAGAGAAAACCUCACAUUUACAGCUCUUUAAGAUACCUUACCAAGCAAGCCAUUGGGAACUUGUCCCUGGGAGCCCUGCAUUACCCCGGCAAGGCCCUAGUGCUGUAGGGAAAGCUGGGCUGACAUCCCAGGAAUGUGACUGACUGUGAUGCUCUGUGUCCCUGUUGCCACUCUUUGAUUAUUUUGCACAUUUUGUCUCUGAAAAAGUCAGAGUUUUUCCACAACACUUAUGCAAAAGAGAGAAAAAAGAAAUGUUAACUAUGCUAUUUGUUAUCUGAGAUAUUUAUUUAUAAAGAAAUAUAGCUGUAAAUGUUAUAGAAAUAUGGUGCCCUUUAACCCAAACAGAAGUCAAUCUAGAGCCAUUAUAAAUUAAAAUUGCUGCUACUAAAGUGCUUUAGAAAAAUUGCCUGAAACAUCUGUAUUAUAUCGGCCACUUGCCAAUAACAGCUUUAUUCUGUCGGGUCACUUGGGGGCUGCCUCUUGCAUGUUAUUAUUGAAUACAAGAAUUUAAUUUUUUUGCAUUAAUCUGCACUUUGAAUACACCUUUGCAAAUGAACUGUCCUAAUAUGAAGAAGCAGAAGUGAACUCCUCACGCAAAUGGAUUUACUAACCUGCUAGUUCUGUGCAGUACCUUGGUGUUACCUCCUACACACCCUUUUCUGACUUUAAUUUUACUUUUUCUAUGAGAUUAUGAAUUUCUGACCCUACUAACACUUAUUAUGUAAAAUUCAAGUACUGUAUGUAUGCUGUAUGCUCUUAUAAGAAUCCUGAAAUAUUUAUUCUGUGCUUGUGUAUGUGAAUGUCAAUGCAACUAUUAUUAGAGUGGACUUUAAGCUUUACCGUUGAAUGUAAAUUCAUUAUUUCUUUUUUUGUACACUUGUGAAAAAGUGGAGUAGUGUUAAUUUUUUAAGACACUGUUGAUUAUCAGUUUGUUUUGUUUUGUUUUGUUUUUUGUGUGUAUGAAACACAAGUAAAAUAUCUUUCUUAAAUCAAGCCAUGCAUGCAUUCUGAGAUUUAUUGAAGCUAAAGCUCUGUGAGUUACUAAACCUAUAAUUGGAGUGCUAAAUGUGAUUGAAGAUGUUGAUAUAAAACCAAUACAUGUAUUUUUAAAAAGAAUAGAGCUGAUGAGGGAAUUCCAAGGAGUUUUCUACGUUACUGUACCUUUGCAGAAUAAAGCUCAAGUGUUGCAUUAAUUGGAACUGUGUAAGAAACUACAUAGCUCUCAAAUUUCUUGCAGUCCCUCUAAACUAGGAUCAAAGAGUACAACAGGAUUUCUUGAGAUGUGUCCUGGAUGGUUGAUGUUUCCAAAGUGCUGACAGUUCAGAACAGGUCAAUUACUAUUCAUUUGAGAAACCUGCUGCAAGUCUUAAAUAAUCAAAGAAGAUAAAG